GUAAGGCACUAACUGACCCUGUUGGUCAGGGUCAGCUGGCAAUCUUGUUACUCGGAUGCUGGGCGCAUCCAUCGCCGUGGAGAUAAUGCUUCCCUAGACUCAGAGGCGGUGCACGCGCAGCUGCACUUCGACUAGCCACUUAUCAUCGUUGACAAGUGGAUCAAUCUUUUAUCUCCUUCUUCCUCCGCAUUUCUGGAGAUUCGCCGCAUUCAUUGGUUGCACUCGUUGGAGGGGAACUAGGGAGAGCUGGCGUCUCUCCGAAGAUCAUAGUCCAGGGCAAGUAGACAGUGCCGAGCUCCCAUCCCCAGUUAGCACUAGGUGUCUCUUCAUCCAGUUCUUCUGGAGUUAUUCCGGAAAAAGGGAGGUCAACCCUCUGAAAGAACCUGCAAGAUGUCUCCCCGCCUGAUGUUCCUCCUGCUGAUGAUCAGCAUCGACGUUUCUGUGUCUUACCGGAUCCUCUGCAUCUUCCCCCUGCACAUGAAGAGCCAUCAGACGAUGUUCGGCGGCCUGAUUCGAGGUCUGGUCAAACGUGGCCAUCACGUCGACGAGAUCAGCCAUUAUCCUCAGAAAAGUUCCCUGGAGAACUAUAGACACGUCGUGAACCUUGACGGCACCUUGCCUAAGCUGGUGAACGGCAUCUCCUUGGAGUACGCCAACAACAUCAGCUCGGACAUCAUCGAAUUCAUCGCAGGCACCAAUGGGAACAAGGUGUGCGAGCUUCUGGCCCUGGACACCAUGCAGAAGUUCAUCAAGGACCUGCCUAAUGGAGAACCCUAUGACCUGGUCAUCACGGAGGGGUUCGGCGCCAACUGCUACAUGGGGUUCGGCAAGUUCCUGAAAGUGCCCACCGUGGUGAUGGUGUCUCUGAACGGACUGCCCUGGAUAGACUCCAAUGUCGGAAAUCCGGCCAGCACUGCGUUCUACCCCAACACCUUUAUGCGCGGCUCUGCCCCGUUGAAUUUCUGGGACCGGCUGACCAACACCUUGAACAACGUCAUCUUGAAGUACAGAUUUGAGAGGUACACCGCCAGGCAGACCGAGAUCAUGAGGAGGUACAUCAGUCCGGAUCUGCCGGACAUCAGGGUGGUGGAAAAGGACGUGGCCCUUGUCUUGACGAAUUCCCAUUACACGACAAAUGGCAUCAGACCGAACACCCCUGCCUACGUCGAGGUCGGAGGUCUUCACGUCGAGAGCGACGACGCCGAAAUAUCCGAGGACCUGUCCAAAUGGAUGAACGAGAGCAAGGACGGGGUGGUCUAUUUCACCCUAGGCUCCAUGGCGAAGAUAGAGACGAUGCCCAGGGAGAAGAUCCUUGCUUUUUACGCCUCCUUCGCCAAGAUCGCCCCCGUUAAGGUCCUCAUGAAAAUCUGGGACGAGAGUCUGCUGCCGCCAGGACUCCCCAAAAACGUGAGGAUCUCGUCCUGGAUCCCUCAAGUGCCAGUCUUGGCGCACAAAAAUACCAAGGCCUUCAUCACGCACUGCGGAUUAAUGGGGACCCAAGAAGCGCUGUACCAUGGGGUGCCCAUGAUAGGACUCCCUCUUUUUGGGGACCAGCACAGGAACGUGAGGGCCUACAUGGCUAAAAAUGUGCUGAUAAUGCUUCCCCAUGAAGACGUCACCUCGGAGUCCAUGGACGCCGCUCUGAAGGCCAUUCUACGCGAUCCUAAAUACAGGGAAGCCGCGAAAUUCGAGUCGGCCAGGUUUCGAGAUCGGCCGAUGACCGCCACGAACACCGCCAUUUUCUGGAUCGAGUACGUCGUCAGAAACGGCGCCAAUUCGCUCAGAUCUCUUUCCUUGGAUCUACACUGGUGGCAGAUCGCCCUAUUAGACGUCUACGGGUUCCUGGCCCUGUGUACUAUCCUAACCUGCUACAUCAUCCUGUUAUCCCUAAGGAUCGCCAUCAGGAUCUGUCGCGCAGGGACUACCAGACCCGACGCCAGGAAGAAGCUAAACUAAGAAGGACAAAAACCGUCCUCGAAGCCAAACCCAAAGUUAUCCCACCUCAUAUCUCUGUAAAUAACGACUGCCCAAUAAACCCAUUUCCUUCGUCAUCUCUUAAUUGAA